UGUUUCUUCCCUGCAUCCAUCUCUCCGAAGAAAACCCGAAGACCAAGAUUUGGAUUCCUUCUCCCUGCGGUUGCUAUUUCCCCUCUGGCGAUCUCCGAGCUGAGCAGAGGAAGCAAUGCCUAUCUUGUAGCCGGUGGAAAUCUCUCUUCGUGCAGUUGCUAUUGUAGGCUGCUCCUCGGAUCUGGGACCGCGGGGGGAUUUGCUUGACCGGUUCGGGAUGAGAAGGUAGGAGGUGCAGAAAGAUGGGGUCUUGCUUGCGGGUUGUAGCGUUCUGGCUGGUGAUCUUUGGCUGGUCUUUGUCAUGCGGCACUACUGAUGACCCUGUCGAUCUCCGUCGAACGUUUCCUAUCGUGGAACCAGAUUCUGAGCAUACAAAGCUUCGUAUUGCAAGAGAGGGCUUGGAGGCAAUUAAAAAAAUUACAAAUCCUAUAGCUUCUGUUGUGGUUAUUGGUCCGUAUCGUUCUGGCAAAUCCUUUCUUCUCAACCAACUUCUAUCUCUCUCUUGUGACGAAGGUUUUGGUGUAGGGCAUAUGCGAGACACUAAAACCAAAGGAAUAUGGGUUUGGGGUACGCCAGUUGAAAUGGAUUUUGAUGGAAGAAAAAUAUCUGUCUUGUACGUUGAUACAGAAGGAUUUGAAAGUGUGGGGAAAUCAAAUGUUUAUGAUGAUAGAAUCUUUGCUCUGGCUACAAUUAUCAGCUCUGUGCUUAUUUAUAAUCUUCCUGAGACGAUUCGUGAGGCUGAUAUAUCUCGGUUAUCAUUUGCUGUUGAAAUUGCAGAAGAGUUUUACGGAAGGGUAAAGGGGCAGGAUGUUGCUUUUGAGCCUGCUAAACUCUUGUGGCUUAUCCAACGAGAUUUCUUGCAAGGAAAGUCAGUACAAGAAAUGGUGAAUGAAGCCCUCCAGCAUGUACCAAAUAGCAGUGGUAACAGAAAUAUUGAUCAGGUAAAUCAAAUUCGAGAAUCGUUGAAGAUAAUGGGUGAUAAUAACACUGCUUUUAGCUUACCACAGCCUCAUCUCCAAAGGACUAAACUUUGCGAUUUGAAGGACAAUGAAUUGGAUCAAUUGUAUGUGAAAAAGAGGGAGCAGUUGAAACAACUUGUUGCAUCAAUCAUUCGCCCAAAGCUUGUCCAGGGAAAAUUUCUAAAUGGAAAUGAUUUUGUAGAUUUCCUGGAGCAGAUUCUUGAAGCAUUGAAUAAGGGAGAAAUUCCAUCCACAGGUUCUAUUGUUGAAGCAUUCAAUAAGGUAAUUCUAGAACGUUGCUUGAAACUGUACGGUAGGCAUAUGGACAGUUUGCAACUACCGGUAGAAGAAAAAAGGCUGCAGGAGGUUCAUGAAGAAUCAAAGUUCGAAGCAAAAAAGUUGUUUGAUCAUCAACAUUUUGGUCGGAAUCACGCUGAACAAUCAAUUUUGAAACUCGACGAUGAAAUAAACAAGGUUUUGAGAACAUUGAUUCUUAUAAAUGAACAUCGGUCAUCAAAAUUGUGUGAAGCUCAAUACACAAAGUGUGAGGAUAAAAUGGACAGUCUUCAAGUUAUGAGACUCCCUUCCAUGGCAAAAUUUAACAAUGGUUUCCUUCGCUGCAAUCAAACUUUUGAAAGAGAGUGCAUUGGACCUUCGAAAGAAAUGUAUAAGAAGAAGAUGACAAAGAUGCUAAGCAAAGCUCAAUCCCUCUUCAUCAAAGAUUACAAUCAGAGACUUUGUAACUUGUUGGUGGCUUUCUCACUCAUUGUGGCGAUAGUGGGCCGGUUCAUCGUCAAGUUUAUAUUGUUCGAGCUUGCUGGUUGGAUAAUGUUUAUUUUCUUAGAAACAUACACAAGGUUGUUCUGGUCAUCAGAAUCACUAUACUACAACCCUGCUUGGCACGCCAUUAUCUCUACAUGGGAGACUAUAGUCUAUAGUCCUAUUCUCGACUUGGACAGAUGGGCAAUUCCAAUUGGUGUAUUGCUUCUGGCACUGCUCCUAUACUGGCGCUGUUUUGGUAGGAUGAAGCAUGGCUCUGGUUGGGUGUUGCCAUUGUACAAUAGCCGCGAUGAAAGUGGCUCCAACCAUCGAAGAUCGGACUAAAUGCACACUCCAAAUGGACUGAGCUUGCUUAACCAGACGAAUCUGGUACAUUCAUCAAGGAGGGGACAUUGUUUCUGGAGAUGCAAUUUAGAGAUACAAUCUUAAAGCUUCAUAGUGUUCUAUAGAUGUUCCUCAGUGUGGUGCAAAUUGCUUGUCAUAUGGGUGUUUGAGUUGUCAUUUUAAUCCUUAAUUGUACCAAAUAAACUAGAAGAACAUGUUCACCGAAACAAUGAUGCUUUGUAAUCUUAAUUAUUCAUUAACUACCCAUAAUUAAUGUCUGAAGUAUUA